UCCAAGAAGAGCUCACCACCAUCUCCUCCGGCUCUUCUUCGGCUCUCCUGCUCCUCCUCCUCCUCCGCGCAGUUCGCCGGCCACCACCACCACCCACCGAGAGAAUGGCAGGCAACGGAGCCAUCGUCGAGAAGGACCCGCUCAACUGGGGCGCGGCGGCGGCCGAGCUCACCGGCAGCCACCUCGACGAGGUGAAGCGGAUGGUGGCGCAGUUCCGCGAGCCCGUGGUGAAGAUCGAGGGCGCCAGCCUCCGCGUCGGCCAGGUGGCGGCCGUGGCCCAGGCCAAGGACGCGUCGGGCAUCUCCGUGGAGCUCGACGAGGAGGCGCGGCCCCGCGUCAAGGCCAGCAGCGAGUGGAUCCUCAGCUGCCUCGCCGGCGGCGGCGACAUCUACGGCGUCACCACCGGCUUCGGCGGCACCUCCCACCGCCGCACCAAGGACGGGCCCGCCCUCCAGGUGGAGCUCCUCAGGCAUCUGAACGCUGGAAUCUUUGGCCCCGGCGCCGAUGGCCACUCGCUGCCGGCGGAGGUGUCCCGUGCGGCCAUGCUCGUGCGCAUCAACACCCUCCUCCAGGGCUACUCCGGCAUCCGCUUCGAGAUCCUCGAGGCCAUCACCAAGCUGCUCAACACCGGCGUCAGCCCCUGCCUCCCGCUCCGGGGCACCAUCACCGCCUCCGGCGACCUUGUGCCACUGUCCUACAUCGCCGGCCUCAUCACCGGACGCCCCAACGCGCAGGCCACCACUGUUGACGGGAAGAAGGUGGACGCCGCCGAGGCGUUCAAGGCCGCUGGCAUCGAGGGCGGCUUCUUCAAGCUCAACCCCAAGGAGGGGCUCGCCAUUGUCAACGGCACGUCCGUGGGCUCUGCGCUCGCGGCCACGGUGCUGUUCGACUGCAACGUCCUCGCUGUUCUCUCCGAGGUCCUGUCCGCCGUCUUCUGCGAGGUGAUGAACGGCAAGCCCGAGUUCACCGACCACCUCACCCACAAGCUCAAGCACCACCCGGGCUCCAUCGAGGCCGCGGCCAUCAUGGAGCACAUCCUGGCCGGCAGCGCCUUCAUGGGCCACGCCAAGAAGGUCAACGAGAUUGACACGCAGCUCAAGCCCAAGCAAGACAGGUACGCGCUCCGCACGUCGCCGCAGUGGCUCGGCCCCCAGAUCGAGGUCAUCCGGUCUGCCACCAAGUCCAUCGAGCGCGAGGUCAACUCCGUCAACGACAACCCCGUCAUCGACGUCCACCGUGGCAAGGCGCUCCAUGGCGGCAACUUCCAGGGCACGCCCAUCGGUGUGUCCAUGGACAACACCCGUCUCGCCAUCGCCAACAUUGGCAAGCUCAUGUUCGCGCAGUUCUCGGAGCUCGUCAACGAGUUCUACAACAACGGGCUGACCUCCAACCUGGCUGGCAGCCGCAACCCCAGCCUGGACUACGGCUUCAAGGGCACCGAGAUCGCCAUGGCUUCCUACUGCUCUGAGCUCCAGUACCUUGCCAACCCGGUGACCAACCAUGUCCAGAGUGCCGAGCAGCACAACCAGGACGUGAACUCUCUGGGGCUUGUCUCGGCCAGGAAGACCGCCGAGGCUGUGGACAUUCUCAAGCUCAUGUCCUCCACAUACAUGGUGGCGCUGUGCCAGGCCAUCGACCUCCGCCACCUGGAGGAGAACAUCAAGACCUCCGUGAAGAACUGCGUGACGCAGGUGUCGAAGAAGGUGCUGACCAUGAACCCCACCGGCGACCUCUCCAGCGCGCGCUUCAGCGAGAAGAGCCUCAUCACCGCCAUCGACCGCGAGGCCGUGUUCAGCUACGCCGACGACGCCUGCAGCGCCAACUACCCGCUGAUGCAGAAGCUGCGCGCCGUGCUGGUCGACCACGCCCUGACCGCCGGCGCCGGCGAGGCCGAGAGCGAGGCCACGGUGUUCUCCAAGAUCAACAAGUUCGAGGAGGAGCUGCGGUCGGCCCUGCCGCGGGAGAUCGAGGCCGCCCGCGUGGCCUUCGAGAACGGCACGGCGCCCAUCCCCAACCUGAUCAAGGAGAGCAGGUCGUUCCCGCUGUACCGCUUCGUCCGCGAGGAGCUCGGCUGCGUGUACCUCACCGGCGAGAAGCUGCUGUCCCCCGGCGAGGAGUGCACCAAGGUCUUCCUGGGCAUCAGCCAGAACAAGCUCAUCGACCCCAUGCUGGAGUGCCUCAAGGAGUGGAACGGCGAGCCCCUGCCCAUCAACGUCUGAAGCAUCGCCGGGGCCACCGUGGAGGAGAGGAGGAGGAGGCUUCCAGAGUACAUCCAAAAAUAAGACGCUUAAUUCGUUCGUGCAUGUUCUUCUUCUUCAAUUCCUGUCGCCUUUUGCCUUUCGUUGUUCGUGCGUUGGUGUUGAUCGACGUGUGGCGUUGUUGUUGAUUGUGUAGCUGCUCUGCCAUGGCGGCCCCGCAGCUUUACCUAAAGAUAUUGUCGUUGUAUUUUGGGGUGAAUCAUGCUAAUACUAUGUGGCUUCUUUUUUGCUUGUA